AUGUCAAAAUUUUUCCAUUAUUUGUGCAGAAAUAAUGCUGGCAAGUAUUCACAAAAGCUGGAAUUCUCUGAGGACAAAAUUGAGCUCACUUUUGCUACAAAUUAUUUAGGUCAUUUUCUGCUGACAGAGAUGCUUUUGGGCAAAAUGGUGGAGACAGCUUCAGAAACACAAAUCCAGGGCAGAAUAGUAAAUGUCUCCUCUGUGAUUCACAAUUGGGUCAGGAGCAAAAACUUUUGCUUCAACAAAAUGCUUAGCCCAAAAAGUUACAACGGCACUCGGGCUUACGCGCAGUCAAAAGUAGCCAACAUAUUGCAUGCCAAGGAACUGUCAAGACAACUUAGGGGGGCGGCCACAACAUGUUAUGUUGCAUUAAGUCCUAAUAUUGAAGGAUUAGGUGGCAAAUAUUUUGCCGACUGUAACGAGACUCAGUGUUCACCGCUGGCAAACGACGACUUUGAAGCUAGGAAUUUAUGGAAGCAAACUCGUGCUUUCAUAAAAAGGCGAUUUUAUCUGCCCGUUACCCCAGAUAUGGACAGCUAA